AUCCGGAUUCCCUCCGACUCUUUUUUGCAUCAAAAAAAGGAAAGAAGGAAAAUAAUCAUCCAUACGAUUUGCUGUCGGUCAUGGAGAUCAAAAUCCGAAGAGGAGAAUCCAAUGCCAAAAAGGCCCCCACCCGGCUCCAGAAGCGCGCUCCUGCGUCCCUCCAGCUCGACCGCAGCAUCAACUCCUCCGCCAGGGGGAAGGCCGAUUCCGAUUCUUCUCCCACGCCAAUUCCCCUGCUGUCGCCGCUCAUUCUUUCCCCGACGCCGGAGUUCGAGGCUGAUGUAGCCCCGGUCUCGGAGGUGGAGAAGAAAGGCGGCGGCGAGUGCGAGGACGAGGAGAGGAUGUCGAUGCCGCCGCCCGGUGGAUGGCGUCACCCGGCAUUGCCGAUGGUGGUGGUGGAGCCGGCGUCUCUGCUUCCCAUGUUUCACUUCCAAUGCGCUCUGGUGCACAACGUGCAGUGAUCGCGUAAUUCUGCUUUAGAUUUUUGCGUAGUUGAACUCCAUUCAUCUCUCUUGUAUUCAUAGGUGGCAUGCUAGGUAAGCAAACCCCACCAAUCCAAUGUGGCCAUCGGUUCGAUGCUAUAAAACAGAACAAAAAUAUUUUCAGAAGAAAGAGAUGUGGAAGUUUUUUUUUUGGGAAAGUAAAGGAGGGCCCAGGGCCCCCAUGUUUAUUAAAAUAAUACGAUGUGGAAGUUUGUUCUGGACUUUCUCCUA